CAGCCAUAAAGAAAACAAAGAGAAGCAACAAAGUCUGUGUUAUGGAAGCACAGCUCCCUAUAUCACAAAAUUGACCAAUGCAUGAAUAAACCAGGUUUUCACCUGGGGUGUCUCACCAUGCAUUACAAAUCAUCAGCAUAUUCUCCUGUCACUUAUGUGCCACCUCAGCGUGACCUCUCACUCGUCUCUGGCAGGACUGGCUGGAGGCCACCUGCAAGAGGAAUGGCUGGAAACACCAUCAGUCUCCUCUGAUUUGGAGGGAACUGGUGGACCAAGGGGGCAAAGGGAUGCUCUUGGGGGGGUUCAGUGACUUCCUAGAGCACUGUCAGGAGUACUACAGCAUCACAUCAGACAUGGGUACAGACAUGAUGCUGAGUGUUGCAGCAGAGAACCUGGAAACCAACUUGAAUCUUAUAGCAGAGGAGCAGUAUCGUGUCAGUCUUAUCAAACCCCUUCACAUAUGGAUCAGCAGUGCUCUCGGCCCGACGUGCAGCAUCCUGAUCCCCAACCUGCUGUCUGCUGAGGUGUUCCCACACGUUUCGACAAUCAGCCUCCACCUGCUGGACCUGGAGGGAGAUGUGGAGGGAUUGCAGUGGCUGAAGAUGGAGACGGAGGACCUGGCACUACGUCUGCUCCAUCAAGUGACUAUUCAUACAGAUCUGGAGCAGGCCUUCCAAGAAGCGGACGUCAUUCUGCUGCUGGACGAGUGGUGGUGUGAUGUCACAGGGAACGACGAAGACAUGAAGAUAAAGGCGAUCUCAGACAGGUACAGAGAGUAUGGACGGUUGAUCGACACAAGAGCCAAAAAGGACGUGAAGGUAAUCGUGUCCGGCGACUCGUUCGUCAACCUGAGAUGCUCGCUUCUUGUGGACAACGCGCAAUCCGUCGACAGCCACCAGUUCGUCACCCUGGCAACACAGCUGGAGAACGAAGCCAAGGCAAUCAUUGCGAAGAAGCUGAGAGUGAGGACUUCAGAUGUUACAAACGUCAUAGUGUGGGGGAACAUCAGUGGUAGUUUCUACAUUGACCUGCAGAGGGCGAGAGUUUUCAACUAUGACGGGGCAAUCAAAGGCCCGGCUUUCUUUUCCCAACCAGCCAGAAAGAUUCUCCAUGAAAGGAAAUGGUUGGAAACAGACUUUCAAGACUUGGUGCGCCGUCAGCGUGCAGCUGUGGCUUCAAAGACGUGCCGAGCAGCUGCAAUGUCGCUCGCCAACGGGAUCCUCGCGAUCCUCAAGGCUUGGAACGGCAUUCGUGGUCCAGAUGAGGUCCUGUCUGUGGGUGUACUUUGCCCAGGUGACUACGACCUCCCAGAUGGCAUCGUCAUCUCAGUGCCUGUGACUUUCGCAGAUGGUAAAUGGUCUGCGCUGUUUGACGUGACCGUUGGAGGCAAGUUGAAGGAGAGGCUUCAGCUUUCUGCAAGUGAACUCAGGCAGGAAAAAGAAUUUGCAUCAGGAAAUUACACAAUUUUAAAGAACGACGAACACAAUUGAUAGAUGUUAAAGAGAACAACAUCACGUGACAACACAAAAAUGAACAAAGGAAAUAAUUCAGAUGAAUCUCAGUUCCACGUCUCAAGUUUGUUUCAGUUUGUCCUUUUAUUCUCUGGCUUUCACAUGUGGUGUUGCAGUUUUGUUUUACCAGUUUUUAAUGACAAUAAAUCUCCUCCGCUUUGUGAAACUCGUUCGUCGCUGUUAUAUUUUUUUAGAUGUAAAAGAUCAAACUGAGUACUUUAUGGAAAAAGGAGAAAUUAGAAAAUAUAUUCCUUUUUUAAAAUUGUACAGUUCAGUAAGUGCCUUUUUUUUAUAUAUAUAUAUAAUUCAAGAAGCGGUAUUUUGAAGCAUAAAACACACUACUACCAUACACAAACUAGUCUGUUAAUAUCCUUCACUAAAUCUGAUGUCAUCACUGAAGUUGCCACCCAUUUCCAUUUACAGCUAGGCAGUCUUUUAAAAAUGAGGAUACAUCACAACGUUUCUUCCCCUUCGUUGCUCAUUAAAUAUUAAACAAACGGAAUUAACGGGCUCUUUAUUAUCUAUUAAAAUUGACUUUUUUUCUCACAAAUUGUGCAGUACUUUGUCAGCUGACAACAGAGAGUGCUGUUUUUACAUGCAGAAUAUACACGUUCCUUUGAGCAUUUCUACACUAUACACAAGGAGGCGUCGACUGAAAAAGGUAAAGGUUAGUACAAAUACAGUGCACUACGACAGGUCUGGGAAUGGACACAUAUUCUGCGAUGUCAUAUUCAUUUUGUACAACCCACCCCUGAGAUUUGGAUGCUGAGUGGUUUACAAAA